AUGAGUGGAUCGUCCAAGUCGAACCUCCUCUACGAUUGUGAAAUUGAGAAGACCGCGAAGAAGUUAAGGAAGGAGGCGAAGGCGAGGAAGUUACUGGAUCUGCUGGAUUCACAGUCCGACCUUGCUGUUCGAACGGAACAGUUAGUCGAGAAGAAGCCUGGUGCUGUAGCUGCUGACGAGGUUCUGUUUGCCCAAACAGACCACGACUCAGAGACAAAAGCAGACUGUGAAGAGGAAACCGACUCGAUUUCGGUUGCAAGUACUGAGAGCGACAUGGCUGACGAUCCUAGACUAUUUAGGAGAUUGGUGGAUAGUUGCCCAAAUCACAAGUUUUCUGAGGGUGACUUGUUGCAAUAUUUCUACCAAGGGAUGACCGUUGACACUAAGAAUUUGGUGAACUCAGCAAGUGGAGGGGGAUUUUCCCAAAACACAAUGAGUGAAGCCAAAAGACUAAUUCAACACUUAGUGGAAGCCAUGAGGGAGUAUGAGGAGCCGCGCAUUCAACUGCUCAAGAAAGCCGCUCAAGCAAGUUCGUCAGAUUUUGAGGCUAAGUUUGAAGAGAGGAUAGGCAGAAUGGAAAGAUUGCUCAAUACCGUGGUAGAGAAGGUGGCAAGCGCUGGACAACCGAUGGAGAAACCAUGUGGAGCAUGUGGCAACUUAGGCCACACGAGCUUGCAGUGCACAGGGGGUGGGGAAGAAUAUCAAGCCCAAGCGAAUUCUUCCCACAAUUUUUACAGCUGCAUUGAACCACUGCUCUCUUUGCCCAAACGGGACCAAUAUCCCGAACCGAAGCAGCCACCAACGAUGCAGCAGCCGCAACAGAAAAACUACCGUCCUCCUCAUCAAAGGAUGGGAUAUCAGGCACCACCAGUUCCUCAGCCCGUUCAGGAAAAGCAAGGCAAAUCUCUUGAGGAGAUGAUGGCGGAAUUGAUUGGCAACCAACAGUUUUUGCAAGACAAUGUGCAACAGCUUCAACAAUCUCAGGCAGAGCAAAAAGUGCAGAUAGAGGGGUUAGCUCGUCAAGUGUCUCAGCUCGCAACGUCCGUGAAUCAACUCAAGGGCCAUCAAGGCAAAUUACCAUCGCAAGUCCAAUUGAAUCCGAGGGAGAACAUUAGUAUGAUUACUUUGAGGAGUGGCAAGGAGUUGAAUGAGCCCACAAUCCAGAAUACAAUGAGUGGCUUGAGCAAGGACUUUGGAGCAGAAUCGCAGCUGCAGCAAUCCGAAAAUUAUGGAGAGGAAAUCGAUUCUGCUGCCCAGAAUACAGAUACGUCCGGUUUGGCCAAACAGAACGGUAAUCCGACAGCUGUGCAGAAAGGAAAAGAGGCAGAACACAAGUUGGUUGAGGGAGAGCAGUCUAAGGUUCAUACACCUUCGAGUCUACAUGAUCCCGAGAUCGAGAUACCUGUUCCCUUUCCUAGGAGGUUAGCAAAGAAGAAGCCGGAGGAGGAUCUCAUCGAUUUUAUGAAGAUAUUUGGGAAGUUGGAGAUCAAUCUUCCAUUCCUCCAAACACUCAAACUCCCUCAGUUGAGCAAGUUUCUGAAGGACUUCAUCGUUGGAAUGUCUAAAAAAUCUGGAAAAAUUGUGAUGAGCGAGAACGUGUCAGCAGUGAUACGAAAAGAGUUGCCGCCCAAAUGCAAGGAUCCAGAUACUAGAGUUGUGAUUCAGUUAGCCGAUGGGUCAUGUGUGCAUCCCGAGGGUUUACUUGAGAAUGUUCUUGUGAGUGUAAACAACUUUAUUUAUCCUGCCGAUUUCUAUGUGGUGAGGAUGAGUGGAGUGCAAUCCAAGGGGUCAUCGGGAGUCCUUUUAAGUCGUCCGUUCCUAAGGACUGCAAAGUCAAUCAUAGAUGUUAGUAAUGGCACGAUUUGUCUAGACUAUCAUGGGGAAAAAUAUACUUUUAGUAUUGAUGAUGCCAUGAAAACUCCCAAUGAUGCUGAAAAUGCUUAUUCUAUUGAUGUGACUGACCCUUUUGUCCAAGAACAUCUUGAGACUAAAUCUGUGCAGGACAAAUUUCUUCAUGUUGACCCAAAACUCGCAGGUUCUGGACAUACUGUCACACCCCAAUUCUUGAAAUAA